AGAUACAAGUGCAGUAUCAUGCGAUCCUUGGCAGUGUGAGGGUCACUUGUGGCAUCCUUGGGUACCUUCCUCAUUGAGCUACACAUAAGGGAAGCAGACAUGUCCUCCCCACCUGUAGACAAUAUUAUCCUUCUGGCAGACUGUUAUAAGUCGUGUCACUACAAAAUUUAUCCUCCUGGUACAACUACUCUCUACGCUUACUUUGAGUCCAGAGGCGGCAAGUUUCCGUAUACGGUAUUCUUCGGGCUGCAGUACAUAUUGAAGAGAUGGCUGUGCGGCCCGGGUUUCAAACCAACCCAGGGGGCCAAAAACGUUUACACUACUAUAGGGCGAGAGUGUGCACAAAUAUGUACACAGCUUCAUGAUACGGGGUACAGAGGCGUGUCAUCCGUAGAGUCAGCGGCGCUGGGUGGCGCAGCGCACAUGAUCAGUUUCAAAUCAUCAGACACUAUAGCCGGGACGUCCAUGUUAAGAAAAUAUUACCACUUGAAGACAGUGGCAGGAUUUUCGACUCCAUCUUCCGAGCAUUCCACCAUUAUAUCCUGGGGCAGGGAGAGAGAACUAGACUCUCACAGGCACAUGCUCCACACCUACUCUGAAGGUGAUGCUGGCUGCGUGUGUGACUCCUACGAUAUCUGGAAGUGUCUUGAAGAUAUGUGGUGCGGUGAGCUGCGGGAACUGGUACUGGAACGAGGCAGGAAGGGAGGCUGCAUCUAUCUCAGGCCAGACAGUGGGGAACCCAAGACGGUGGUCCUUAAGUGCCUAGAGAUCCUGGGUUCGGCAUACGGCACAGACAUCAACUCUAAGGGCUACAAAACUCUUCCUCCUUACCUCAGGGUCAUUCACGCUGAUGGAAUUAAUCACAAGACACUCUGGGGUAUAUUAGAGCACCUGAAAAGUCAUGGCUGGAGCACGGAAAAUGCUUAUUUUGGAGCCGGAGGCGCUCUGCUUCAAAGGAUUGACCGGGACACGCAGCAGUGUGCCUAUAAGGUGAGUUAUGUGGAGACAGACGGACAAGGCAGAGAUGUAUACAAACAACCAAUUACAGACUCCAUCAAGACCAGCAAAAGAGGCCGCCUCUCCCUUCAUUGUAACGAUGGUGUUUACACCACCAUGCAGGGCAGCAAGGGGCAUUCACCCAAGGACCUGCUGGUGACAGUGUUUGAGAACGGAGAACUUCUGCAGGACUACACAUUCCCAGAGAUCCAGGAGAGAGCAGAGAUCACUCCCGAGGAUUUCGACAUCAUCAAGUUCUUAGAGGAAGACUCUGACUAAUAGCAAUUCUGUCACCCACAGCAAUAAAAGUCUGUGAGACUCAAUGGUGGACUCAUCUGAGUCAGUUUCUUGAAGUUUUGAAGGAAUUGAAAUAUUAAUUUUCAAGGUUCGUUCCAACUUUCCUUCAAAUAUAUUCAUCUUAAUGUAAGCAAAUACAUGACUCACGAAUUCGUAAUAACACAAUUACAAAUCUACUGGUUAACGCACUGGCCUGUGAGUUUUAGGACCCACCUGCAAUGGGUUCAAGCCCCAUCCGUUCCCUGAUUUUAUGUUUUAUUUCGUUGCGUAAAUAUGUAGCGUAUUUAUCUCGCAAUUAGCGGACGUCAGAUCGACUCUCCAUAACCUCCCUUGAACAACCCGCAGUAGUUUAGCACUGCACGCAAAAUAUAUUAAUAAACCACCUGUACCGUGGUUUGUUUGUAAUAAUGUCAUUACGAUUUCGUGAGUUACGUUAAUAAGUACUACCUGUACAGUAGGGCCCCAUUUAUACGGCUACCGCCGGAAAGCGGACAAGUUUAUGUGACUGGGUGCACGUAAUGGAAAUAUAUUGUUACUAUUU